CUGGACGUUGUUGGCCCCGCCCUCCGGAGGAGAGUCCCAGAGUUGGAGCCAGGCAGGGCGCAGAAGUUUAGUAGCAGCGCGCGCGGAGAGGAGCCAGCCGCGAGGCUAUAAAACACUGAAUUCCUUCCCAACUGGAUGACAUCUUUGUUUGUUUUUACUUUAAAGCCAAAAUGCUAACAGUAAUAUUUUUGUGCGUGUUGGUGUUGUGUGUGGACGACUGCCGAAGCCAGGAGGACUGCACCGGUAUAACCUGCCCCGUUCUGCAGAACUGCAUCGAAACCGUUUUGGAGAACGGCGCCUGUUGUCCCAAAUGCACACAAAAGGGGUGCACCUGCGAGGGGUACCAGUACUAUGACUGCAUCCAAGCAGGCUUCCAGAAAGGGAAAGUCCCGGACGGGGAAUCCUACUUUGUGGAUUUCGGAAGCACCGAAUGCUCCUGUCCCCAGGGAGGAGGCAAGAUAAGCUGUCAUUUUAUCCCAUGCCCUGAAAUUUCCCCCAACUGCAUUGAUGUUUUACAACCUGCAGAUGGAUGUCCACAGUGUGGGCGUAUUGGCUGUGUCCAUGGCAACAAGAAAUAUGAGGCGGGACACUCCUUUCAGAUGGACCAGUGUCAGGUUUGCCACUGUCCAAACGAUGGGGGCCGGUUAAUGUGCUCGCCCAUCCCUGGUUGUGACCUGCAGGGUGUUAAUCAACCCACAGGGGAGACGACCACUGACAGCAGUCCAUGGAGAGACAUUAGCCGCGGUCACGACACACGACAAACCUCUCCAGCAGAACCCUUUUCCAAGCUUGCACUAGGAAAUUCUCUUCCACUGUAUAAGCAGGACCCACCCAGUUUUGGCUCGGAGGAUUAUGACUACAUGCUGGCAGAACCAACAUCUUCCAGCACUCCAAAUCUGGCCCAAACACCAGACUCCUCCACAGUACCUUCAGCUUACCAGGAAACAACCUCUGAUACUUUCAUCUCUUAUGAUGGCAGCUGGAAUGAGAUGAGGGAGACUGAAACAAUCCAAAGUACAGUGAGAAGCAUGGAGUCCACCUCAGCCAGAGCUCUAAGCAAUGCUACAACACCGCUUACAACCGCCACCAUGCAGAGAGCCAACGCAGAGACCCAUAGGCGGCAACAGGAAGUCGGAGAAAAACCCACGAGGCACAAAAAUCACAGAAACAUGAGGGUGGAACACUUGGAGCAGCAGAAACACAGUCAGAUCCAAGCAGGAAACCAGGGUCGCUCCUUUUCUGUCUACCUUUCUCCUCAAGAACAAGUGUCAGUGGAACAAAGGAGCUCGUUAGGAAGAGAGGAGCCCACAGUCCGUCUCAGUCCCACCGGUAGAGCUCCGAUCAGGAUGAAGGACCGCGAGGAGGCUCUGAGACACACCCUAAGCCUCCACAAGCCCCAGCCUCAGGAACCAGAAGUUUCUGUCAGCGAGCUGGUGAAGAGCUGCUGUGAAACUGGGGGGAAAUGGGCUUCGGUUAAUGGUCGCUGCAACAGCACGGAGCCUCCAACAGGAGACAGGCGCUCAGUCUGCUGGACUGCACAACAACAGUGCUGCUUCAGCUCUCUGAAAGAAAGCCAGUGCUUGGCUGGAGUUAAAGCAGCCCAAGCAGGAAGCUUAUGUGAAGAGGAUGCCAGCAGUAAAUGUGGAAUUGAUUCUUUUAAGGAGUGCUGCAGCUGCUGCUCUCUCGGGCUGCAGUUGCACAAACAGGGGCAUGGCUGUGAAGCCCACCACUACAUGGGCUUCCACUGCCAACACAUCUUCCUAAGCUGCUGCAGGGGGGAGCAGGAGAGCCCCACAGUCAGAGAGAGACCUGCUCUGGACUCUACCCUGCCUCUGAGAAAAGUAUCAGACAGCCUGUACCCUAAAGAGGCCUUCUCCAUCGGUGCGGAGCGGGAGGGCGAGAAUGCCGUCGAGGGUCCUGUUGAGGUGGAGGACAUGGAUGAGUGCCUGAUAUAUGAGGGCAACAUCUGUCACCACAGGUGCAUCAACACGCCUGGCUCCUACCGGUGCGAGUGCUUUCCCGGGUACGCGCUACAAGAGGACGCUUUCACUUGUGCACAAGAGACUGUGGAUGAGGAGAACAAACUGCAGGAGGAUGACAGAACAGAGGCGGAGAAGACCACCUCUCCACUUCCACCUCCCCACCAGCCCGGGGUCCUGCUCAACCCCUGUGAAGGCGACAGCAUCUGUGAGCAACAGUGCACCCCAGUGGGAGGAAGGCCACAGUGCUCCUGUCUGCCAGGGUUCUCCCUCAGAGCUGAUGGACACUCUUGUGAAGACAUAAACGAGUGUUUGUCUCCACGUGCCUGCCAGUUUAAUGAGCGCUGCGUGAAUACUGCAGGGAGUUUUGUCUGCCAGAGACUGAUCACCUGCGCCCCUGGAUACCAGAUCAUCAGUGACACUUGUGAAGACAUCAACGAGUGUGUGCAGAGGAGUCACAACUGCGGCGAUGGUUUUGAGUGUGUGAACACUGAGGGCUCGUUCAGGUGUGAGCCCAAACCCCGCUGCCCCGUAGGCUUCAGUCAGGACUCCCAGGGUAACUGCAUAGACAUUGACGAGUGUGGCCUUUUGACCCAGCCGUGCGGUUCAGGAUUUACCUGUGUCAACACGGUGGGAUCCUACGUGUGCAACAGGAAGAUAAUAUGCAGCCGGGGCUACAAGCCCAGUCCUGAUGGGUCCAGAUGUGUUGAUGUGACUGAAUGUGAGAGCGGCCUGCAUCGAUGUGGAGAGGGUCAGCUGUGCCACAAUUUGCCUGGUUCUUAUCGCUGCGAGUGCCAGACAGGCUACCAGCUGGACGCCCAGAGGAUGUGCGUAGAUAUAAACGAGUGCUGGCGCUACCCUGGCCGUCUGUGUGCCCAGACCUGUGAGAACACCCCGGGCUCCUACCGAUGCUCGUGCACCUCUGGUUUCCGCUUAUCUGCUGAUGGCAAGAACUGUGAAGACGUGAACGAGUGUCUGACCAACCCUUGCAGUCAGGAGUGUGCUAACGUCUACGGGUCCUACCAGUGCUACUGCAGAAAGGGCUACUACCUCAGGGAGGAUGGACACACCUGUGAAGAUAUUGAUGAAUGCUCUCAGAGCCUCGGCCAUCUGUGCACCUACAAGUGUGUGAACGUUCCUGGUAGUUACCAGUGUGCUUGCCCUGAAUCCGGAUACAGCAUGUCUCCCAAUGGACGAUCCUGCAGAGAUAUCGAUGAAUGUGCCACAGGGGCCCACAACUGCUCUCUUGCUGAGACCUGCUACAACAUUCAAGGAGGGUACCGCUGCCUCUCUCUGAGCUGUCCCCCUGACUACCGCCAGGUGUCUGACACACGCUGUGAGCGGAUCAGCUGUCCCAACGCCCUGGAGUGUCAGAACUCUCCACAGAGAAUCACCUACUACUACCUCAGCUUCCAGUCCAACAUCCUCAUCCCCGCUCAGAUCUUCCGUAUCGGACCGUCGCCCGCCUACUCCGGGGACAACGUGAUUGUUUCCAUCACGCAGGGCAACGAGGGGAACUACUUCAGCACCAGGAAGCUGAACGCCUACACAGGUGCGGUGUACUUACAGCGACAGGUCCAGGGGCCAAGGGACUUUCUAAUCACGGUGGAGAUGAAGCUUUGGAGGCAAGGGAAGUUUACCACCUUCCAGGCCAGGAUCUAUGUUUUCAUCACAGCCGACUCCCUCUAACUGUUGCUGAGCUAUCUGCGUGGAGUCCAUUAUGGCUUCCUCUACUAGAAUUUAACAUUACCACUAUGUGUUUGGUGAGUUUGAAACAGGUAAUCCUGCUUUUAUUCAUUUUAAUUCUAUAAAAAGUGGAUUAUUUAAAGAAAAUUAUGCCUUUUUUAAACUGUAAUUUCAUAGAAUCAUGGAUCAACUUCAAUCAGCCACAUGUUUUUCUAACUAGCUGUGGAUGAUGCAACAGAACUAAACAAAACCUAUAUAAAACAACAUUUACUGAUACUUUUCACCUCUGAUGAUCAUUUUUUCCACAUCAUGAAUUAAAACCUUUAACUGUUUUUAUUUACCUUCAUUGCUGCUUUAGUUUAAUAUUUGAAGUGUUUUCAAGCUAAUUUAAUGUUACUGUUUGCUGUAUUUUUUGUAAUGAAGUAUAUUUUAAUGGAUGUAUCAUAUUUCUGUGCUGGAUUUACAUAGCAUUAAAGUAUUUUGGUGGAAUAUUUGUGACGUGGAGCGUGCUGUCAGCCUGUGGUUUGGAGGUUGUAUGUUUUUAAACAUACAUGGUAAUUCCUUCUACGUGCAUUUGCCCUUAUGGAGGUAUUUGAUUUUGCACCGUGUUACUGAGUAAGCCUCCUGAAGUUAAACAGAGCUGGUUGCAGGAGUGCACGACGACACCCCAGAGAUCUUCAGGCUUUUGCCGUAGCCGUUUGCACCCUGCUGCAGAACUCAGCAUUUAUCAUCAGACCCCCGUUGAUCUGCACACAGUCAUCACCAAUAAAAUUCAUGGAUAUGUAACCUG